CCGAGGUGCAGCCGGCGCUGAGCGCGGCAGGCGCGGGAGCUGGCGCUGGAGCCGGAGCGGCGGCGGCGGCGGCGGCAUUCACGGGGCGGCGGCGGUGCGGGCUCCCGCACGGGCUCGGGCUCCGGCAUGGUGCAAUCCGGCCUCGUCCCAGGAGACCGGGGCCCGCGCGCGGGGCCGGCGCCCGGUGAGCGGCGGCAGCGACGGUGGCGGCGGUGGCUGCAGGUUCAGGCGGGCGGCAGGUGCUAGAAGCGGAGCUGGCCGAGGUGUGUGCUCGCUGGGCUCCGGGGCCGCCGCCCCCUCACUGCUCUGGUCUUUCCCUCCCUUUGGGCUUUCCAGCGACACCAGCCCUCUGUCUCCGUGCCCCGGCCCAUGGCGCCCCGCGGUUGAGCCGGCGCCGCCAGGGACCCCUCCCGCGGGCCUCCCCGGGGCGUGCAGAUCCCGGAGCCGCCCGCCCACCCUCCCCGGAGCUUCCCUCCUCGCCCGAGCCGGGCGGGACCAUGGCUGCUAAGCUGCGAGCGCAUCAGGUGGACGUGGACCCGGACUUCGCGCCGCAAAGCCGGCCGCGCUCCUGUACCUGGCCCCUGCCGCAGCCCGACCUGGUUGGCGACGAAGACCGAGCGCUGGGUCCAGGGGUAGCUGCGGGCGCCGAGGACUGCGGGCUGGAGCGCCGGGCGACGGCCCCGGCGAUGGCCCCAGCGCCGCCACUGGGAGCGGAGGUCGGACCGCUGCGGAAAGCCAAGAGCUCUCGGCGGAACGCGUGGGGGAACCUGUCUUAUGCCGACCUCAUCACCAAAGCCAUCGAGAGCGCCCCGGACAAGCGGCUCACGCUCUCUCAGAUCUACGACUGGAUGGUCCGUUACGUGCCCUACUUCAAGGAUAAAGGCGACAGCAACAGCUCGGCCGGCUGGAAGAACUCCAUCCGGCACAACCUGUCGCUGCACACCCGUUUCAUCCGCGUGCAGAACGAAGGCACAGGCAAGAGCUCCUGGUGGAUGCUGAACCCCGAGGGCGGGAAGACCGGCAAGACCCCGCGGCGCAGGGCCGUGUCCAUGGACAAUGGGGCCAAGUUCCUGCGCAUCAAGGGCAAGGCAAGCAAGAAGAAGCAACUGCAGGCACCCGAGCGAAGCCCCGACGACAGCUCCCCGGGCGCACCAGCCCCAGGGCCUGUGCCUGCCGCGGCCAAGUGGGCCACCAGCCCAGCCUCUCACGCCAGCGACGACUACGAGGCGUGGGCCGACUUUCGCAGUGGCGGGAGACCCCUGCUCGGGGAGGCGGCUGAACUGGAGGACGACGAGGCCCUGGAGGCCCUGACGCCGUCGUCGCCGCUCAUGUACCCGAGUCCCGCGAGCGCGCUGUCGCCCGCGCUAGGUGCGCGCUGCCCCGGGGAACUGCCCCGCCUGGCGGAGCUGGGAGGCCGUAUGGGCCUGCACGGCAGCAGCGCGGGGAUGCCCGAGGCCCUGCUGGACGGCGCGCAGGACGCGUACGGGCCGCGGGCCCGCGCCGGGACGCCCGCCUACUUCGGCAGCUGCAAGGGCGGCGCUUACGGCGGGGGUGGGGGCUUCGGGCCGCCGGUGCUGGGCGCGCUGCGACGCCUGCCCAUGCAGACCAUCCAAGAGAAUAAGCAGGCCAGCUUCGCGCCGGCCGCCCCGCCCUUCCGCCCCGGGGCGCUGCCCCCGCUGCUGCCACCGCCGCCGCCCGCACCCCGCCCCGGCCCGGUGCUGGGCGCGCCCGGGGAGCUCGCGCUGGCGGGCGCGGCCGCCGCCUACCCUGGCAAGGGCGCGGCCCCGUACGCGCCGCCGGUGCCCUCGCGCAGUGCCUUAGCCCACCCCAUCAGCCUUAUGACGCAGCCCGGCGAGGCGGGCACCGCGGGCCUGGCGCCUCCUGGCCACGCGGCCGCCUUCGGGGGCCCGCCCGGCGGCCUCCUGCUGGAAGCACUGCCCGGGCCAUACGCCGCGGCCGCCGGGCCUUUGGGUGCGGCGCCGGACCGCUUCCCGGCCGACCUGGACCUCGACAUGUUCAGCGGCAGCCUGGAGUGCGACGUCGAGUCCAUCAUCCUCAACGACUUUAUGGACAGCGACGAAAUGGACUUCAACUUCGACUCGGCACUGCCGCCGCCGCCGCCCGGCCUGGCCGGGGCCCCUCCCCCCAACCAGAGCUGGGUGCCGGGCUGAGGGCCGCCCGCGGCGCCCCGGGUGCCAGCCCCGCCCCCAGAGGGCCUCUGUCUUCCCAUCCCGAUCCCCGGGUCCCCAUCCCCCUGAUUCCAGCUCCACGGAGGAUCCAGGAGACAGCCCCAGCCCUGCUAGAGACAUCUCUCAGAAGUUGGCUGCUGAGGGAUGUGGUAGGGAGGGGCUGGGGCACCCCACAUUCCUGCCCAGACUCCUGAGAGCCGCGCCCCCUACUCCCGGGGCAGGAAGCCUGGGGGUGGAGGCUGAAUUCCGGACUGGGUGGGAGUGGGGAGGAGUGAGAUGGGCUGCACUGGUUGGAGAAGCCUACCCGGAGAUGGGGGGAGGUGAGCGAGGGCGUCUCUGAAUCUGCAAGUUUCCUUUGCAGGGUCCCUCGCGGUAGGUGGUGAAUCGCCUCCCCCAGUUGACACUUUCCACUGGUCUUAGCCUACCCACCGAAAGCCAGCAACCCCUUCCAGAAAACACACUCACAGCUCCUAUUGGCUGUGCACCCCGAACUGUCCUUAGUCCUAAACCCCCCCUCUGACCCUCCACCCUCAUGGUUCAACCCUUCCCUCCCACCCUUGUCAAUCAAUCCUAGCUUCUCCCCUUCUCUCUCCGAGUCAGUUGCUCUUUGCAGUCCCUACAACCCCCACCCCCACCCCCCACUCCCCCAAGAACAGGUCACAGCCUCUCCAGCGGGCCUCAGCUCUGGAUCCACACCCCAACCCCAGCACCCCUUUCUCCGUGCCAGUCCUGGCUCCUCUAUCCCAUAUUUAUAAGUGUCGGGUCGGGGCGGGCUGUGGGCGCGGCGUCCCUGGCGCAUUUCGUAGGCUGUGUACCGUGGCCGUGCCGUCAGUCAGCGUGUGCGUGUGCGUGUGUGCCGUGUCGAGGCCGUGUAGAGUGCAUUGUACAGCAUAUUUUCAUGAAUAAAAUUGUUUUAAAUAUUU